CGCACUGAGGCGGGAGGCGUUCAGGACGCUUCGCGGGGCUCCCCGGCCUCGCUUCGGUCCGGAGGAGCGGUUUGUUCUCCCUCUUCUAAGCGCCACCCUCAAACACACCCCUGGGAGGAUGGCCGAGCUCGGCCGAGCAGCCGGGUCGGCCACCCUGCCAAGCAGCCCGGUGGCUCGAUGAAUCAAUCCGUGCCGCCGUCGCUUUGUGUUUCAGUCCUUAUCUUAAGGAUCCACGCUUAUCGGUGGGAAUUACACCCUGGUUAUUUGUGACCUGCCGCUGCACCCAGCUGGUGCUUCGACCUGGUUUGAGCCACUUGCCAUGCCAGUUUUCAUCCUGGCAGAGAUUUCUUCUACUUCCUAUCAGCUGCUGCAAGGCAAGCGGCAGACAGUGACUGUUUGCCUACAGCCUCUUCCACCCCUGCCGGGGUCCUCCAGUCGAGUGUCAGGACUCAGAUUCACGGUCGGGUCGGCUCCCCUCCCCCUCCCUCCCCCUCUUUGCUCUCUUCCCCUUUCAGCUGCUGUUAUUACGUGGAGUUUGGAGCCUAAGCUUUGAAAACUCCCAUGUGGCGCCUGUCUUAAGUCGGAGCAUGCUCAGUAGCCCAAACAGAUUUUGGUUGCAAAAAGAACUGGGGCGAGGAUAGUCGGGUAUUUUGGACGUUUGCCCGCUUCCUAACAAAAUGUUCCAGUUCUGGUUUGGAUGGCAUUGGAGAGUGGAGCUGUAGGCCAGCCUAGAGGACUUGAACCAAUGAAAGAAGCUUACGGCCCUGAGGAAGAUACAUGUCACUCCUCCCUUUUAAUUGGUGCUUUUGCUUAGGACCUGUACAUGCCUUUUCACCGGUGAUCUGUUCCUUCAGUAGCCACUGACUUUGAGUUGCAGGACGAUCUCUGAAGAUUUUUAUCAAAUGACGUCAAUGGCCAGCUUGUUUUCUUUUACUAGUCCAGCAGUAAAGCGGUUGUUGGGCUGGAAGCAAGGUGAUGAAGAAGAGAAAUGGGCAGAAAAGGCAGUCGAUGCUUUGGUGAAGAAGCUAAAAAAGAAAAAGGGUGCCAUGGAGGAACUGGAAAAAGCCUUGAGCAGCCCAGGACAGCCGAGCAAAUGUGUCACUAUUCCCAGAUCUUUAGACGGACGCCUGCAGGUUUCUCACAGAAAAGGCUUACCCCAUGUUAUAUAUUGUCGUGUUUGGCGCUGGCCUGAUUUGCAGAGUCAUCAUGAGCUAAAGCCAUUGGAUAUUUGUGAAUUUCCUUUUGGAUCUAAGCAAAAAGAAGUUUGUAUCAACCCAUACCACUAUAAGAGAGUGGAGAGUCCAGUCUUACCUCCAGUAUUAGUGCCUCGUCAUAAUGAAUUCAAUCCACAACACAGCCUUCUGGUUCAGUUUAGAAACUUAAGCCACAAUGAACCACACAUGCCACAAAAUGCAACGUUUCCAGAUUCUUUCCAUCAGCCCAACAACACUCCUUUUCCCUUAUCUCCGAAUAGUCCCUACCCUCCUUCUCCUGCUAGCAGCACGUAUCCCAACUCCCCAGCAAGUUCUGGACCAGGAAGUCCAUUUCAGCUCCCAGCUGAUACUCCUCCUCCUGCCUAUAUGCCACCAGAUGAUCAGAUGGGUCAAGACAAUUCCCAGCCCAUGGAUACAAGCAAUAAUAUGAUUCCUCAGAUUAUGCCCAGCAUAUCUAGCAGAGAUGUUCAGCCUGUUGCCUAUGAAGAGCCCAAACAUUGGUGUUCAAUUGUCUACUAUGAAUUAAAUAAUCGUGUUGGGGAAGCUUUCCAUGCAUCUUCUACUAGUGUGUUAGUAGAUGGAUUCACAGACCCUUCAAAUAACAAAAGUAGAUUCUGCUUGGGGUUGUUGUCAAAUGUUAAUCGUAAUUCGACAAUUGAAAACACUAGGCGACAUAUUGGAAAAGGUGUUCAUCUGUACUAUGUCGGUGGAGAGGUGUAUGCCGAGUGCCUCAGUGACAGCAGCAUAUUUGUACAGAGUAGGAACUGCAACUUUCAUCACGGCUUCCAUCCUACCACUGUCUGCAAGAUUCCCAGCAGCUGCAGCCUCAAAAUUUUUAACAAUCAGGAGUUUGCUCAGCUUCUGGCCCAGUCUGUCAAUCAUGGAUUCGAGGCGGUGUAUGAGCUCACCAAAAUGUGUACCAUUCGAAUGAGUUUUGUCAAGGGCUGGGGAGCAGAAUAUCACCGGCAGGAUGUUACCAGCACCCCGUGUUGGAUUGAGAUUCAUCUUCAUGGGCCUCUUCAGUGGCUGGAUAAAGUCCUCACUCAGAUGGGCUCCCCUCUGAACCCCAUUUCUUCUGUUUCAUAGUGUAGAAGUAUUCUUUUUCAAUUGUAUUAUUAGUGGACUUGUUUUAAUUUUAGGGAAACUUUCAGUACAGAUACUGUGAGCUUACAUGGAAAACAGAUAUCACAGCUUAUUUUUUUUCUACAUAAUUGUGACCAAUACAUUUGUAUUUUGUGAAGAAUCUACAUUUGUUUGUAUUAAUGUUCAUGUGAUUAACUCUCAAAAGUGUUGUGAAAGAUGCAGAGUAAGUAUUGUGCCCCUGUUCAAAAGUUUGGCAUUGAUCUUAAACUGGAAUGUACUUGUUGCCUUAUUUCCCAACAAUUUUUUUGGAAAAGUAACACGUCACACGAUGGAAAAGAGUUAACAGUAUAAGAUGGUGUUCAGUGAAAGUCUUCCCUUCUAGUCUUGAUUUUCCAGAAGCUGUACUUUUUUUUUUUUUUUUUUUUUUUACCAGUUUCUUUGUCCUACCAACUUUUUAAAAAAGUGUAAUUCACUGUUUUAUAAAAUCAUAUGGUAGGGCCUUAAAAGAAACUAUAAAAAUAUAUUUUAUUUGAAGGAACACUAUGCACUGCUCUAACAAGUAGUGUUCAAUAAAAGCUAAGUGAUAGUUUUCUAAAUGACAUCGUAAAAUUUACAUUUAAUACAGCUAAAUGUUUGUCAGUGUGUUGUGACUUCACUCAGUAUAUCUUUUCUAAAACAUUUCCUUUUAAAAAAAAAAUUACUGCAAACAACAGCUCUCCAGUAUAUGUCAUUGACUCAGAAUCUGUCUUAAGUACUACUUUAUAGCUAGUGCCAGUGCAUGCCUGGCUUUAUUCAGCUGUGUUUGCUGCUUUUGGCCAAUGUUGCAAGAACUCUAGUUUUGACAUGCAUUAAUCUUUUAUUUUGCACUUUGAUGGGUGACAGUUUUUAGUGUAACCUUUUGUGAAACACACUCAAGUGAGUUGGACUUAGAUGCCCAUCCUGACUUCCUCGGUACCCCCUUUUGUAUUAAACACUGCAGUUUAUAGAUUACAGUUGUAGGAAGUUAUUCUUUUCUAGCUUUUGUUGUAUUUUCAGCCUAGAUUAUAAGACUGUUAUUCAGUAGCUCCAGUUGAAGGUGCCUUUUUAAUUCCCUGCAGUUUUAUGGAUGGUAUUAAUGUUAAAAAUUGUGUAUAUAAUCCCGUUGUUCUUAACGUGCACCAGUCUCCCCAUGCAAGGACCUGUGUCCUAUAGCCAUCUCUCCGCUUCAGUUUGGCCCCAAGGAUGAGGCCACUGGUCUGAUGCUUAAAGGAAUCAGCAGUGAUCAUUGAGCUAACUGAUUUGGAAACAGUUACCAUGUGUGCUCUUUUUCCUUGUUUUUUUUUUUUUUCUUUUUUUUUUUUUUUCCCCCAGCACCUAUGUGGAUGCUAGUCUCUGCAGUCCUCAGAGGAAAGAUGUGAAAAACUCUAAAAUAUCCAUUUAAUCACUUGUACUUAAGGCCUUUGAGUAAAGGACUCUUAACCUCUUUUUCUGUGGAGCAGCCAAAUGGACCCUUAGUUGUGGCAUGAAGAACGAAAGACAUUAUUUUGGGGGGAAAAAUCACCUAAUUUACCUAAGAGAAGAAGCUUAUUUUCUGGUGCCUUUUGAAAGUAUGUGGAGCCAUGUCUGUCUUCUGUUUAAACUCUUAGUUUGGUUUGACUUUCUACUUUUUCUGCUUUUAUGCGGGGGGGAAAAAUGCAUUUUUUUUUUUUUUUUUGAGGAAAGGAGAAUGUGAUUCCUUUUGUUUUCCAUAACAUUGUUUAUUGCUUUUAUAAAGUGCAGCCAGGGGAUGGUUUCAUUUCUCUCAGAUGAAGUGCCAUAUGUGUUUCAUGCUCACAGUCCUUUGCUUAAGUAAAAGGAAACUUUCUGACAGUCACCUGAGCCUUAAACCUAAGUUUUGCAUGACAUGCAUACUCAGUCUUCCAGAAAUGUGUCAGCCACACAAAAGAGGAUUAUUUGCUUAGUGAUAGAACUUAGCUAGUUCCAUCAUUCUUUUACUUACCAGGCUCAUGGCACAAUCUUUGGAACACGUUUGUAGAAAAACCACCCAGGUUGAAUGGCAGAUACAUGUAAUCAACUUCGGUGGGCUUGAGCUGGUGGAAACUGUUGAAUUGUUUUAUUGAUACUUUCUUUGGAGUCAAUUAAAAAUCACUUUUUAUUCAUGUAACAGCCUUUAGAGUUAAUGGGAUUUUAUGUGAUUGGCUUUUUCUGUAUUUUCUCUACAGAGGUGUGGCUUAUGAAUGAUAGUACUAAAGUUUUUAACUCUGAAGAGCUUCGUGAGAACUGUAAGGCUGUUUUAUUUCCAAAACUGAACUAUCUUCCUUCAGUCCAGCUGAUUCUAUAAUUCCUGUGGUUUCUCAAUGUAGGAAUGGAUGGGAAAUAAAAAUUGCCAGUGAGAUUUAAAAAACUAAGUAAAAUUCUACCAGUGAAAAAGGUGCCUGAGAGAAACCAUUUCAGAAAGUUACAGUUCAAGUUUUUACGUAAUCCUCAGGAUGGUUUAUAGUCGAAUUUAUGAAAACAUCAACACUACCAGAAAAAUCACAUUUUAUAGCAUGUACAACAUAUAAAUAAAUAUAUGCCAGCUGAAAAGAGAGUCUGGGAAUAAUAAAAUUAUAACUAGUUUGAUAAAUGCAAAAAGAGAAAUAGUAUCAAAAUUAAUCUCAGUAAUUCAUUAAAGCAACAAAAAGAUAUUGACUGGAAAAGAUUUAAAAGGUGCAUUUGACUAACAUCUCUUCCUAAUUACCUGUCUUAGGUUAUGGAAUAGAAACUAGUAGACAUGUUAUUGGUCUGCUGAAGUGAACUCUUUUUCUUUAUAGAGAAAAUUUAAGGAAGGUAUCAGUCUAAAUGACACAUAUAUACAUCAGAGUAUAAACCCUUUUUUACGUUUUCUUGUUAUAUAAAUAAACUAUAAUAAUAGAGUUGGCUGGGUUUCUGAGGUGAAAUCCACAGUAAUAUUACUAGGUAGUUCAACAAGCUAAACCAAAUAGUACAGAAAGAGGGUGUAGCUGUUUUAUACUUUUCAUAACAUUUGAGAGUAAGACAUUCAUCUAGGAUGUAAAUGAUCAGCAGGAAUUCAGAUCUGAAAUCUAUUGUCAAGAUAAGGACUGGGGCUCACAUUAUAAAACCUUCGGUAUGCCCUUCCAGUACCUGUGGGAGACGGUUCCCCUGUAAUAGAGUUCUUUUGAAAGAGAAAGUUUAUACAAAAAUGAAAUCAGGCCUGUAGCGGAGAAACUCUAAAGUUUGGCGGUGCCCGUGUCAGAGCUGUCCUUCUGUUACAGAGAGCAUCUAGUACACCAGUUUAGAGCCAUCUCUUUACACGUUUCCUAGUUGCCUGCUAAACAGUACUUUGGAUCAUUAUCGUGUCCCACUAAAAUAUGUAAGUAGCUUUUUAUACUCUCUGAGGAGGAGUCUUUAGAUAAAUCUUAAAUUCCACUUCCAGUGACGAUUGAGAUCUUGGACCUGUUAACUUUGAGGAGGCUUGGGGCUCUUCUUUGUGCUCUUAGUUACAUCCUCACCUAAUCUCUCAGGUAGGAAUCUAAGUCUGUGUCCGUCAGCUCCAUAAGCAAGAAUUCUUUAAGGUUGUAGAUAGCCUGGUGAUUUUAGAAGGGUUUGGUGAUUCUCCUUGGCAGAAGUUUAUGGGCAUCUCUUCAGGUAUUCAGUAGCACGGCUUUUGGGGUCGUAAUCUCAGGUUUGAUGCCUGUUUCCCCCGAAGCAGGAACAUUUUCUUGAUUAAUACAGGUGGAAAUCUGGGGAGGUUUUCUUCUUACAGAAGAUGCAUGCAUGGAGAGAGAAUUUGAGGCAUUUCUUCUAAAGAAUCAUACCUGCUGAACAGAAACUUGGACAGUUCUUUGUAAUUCACUGGUUUGCGGUUUAGCCUGUCCUAAUUACAAGAGGUAACGGUAUUUGUCAAGCCUUUGUAAGACUGGAUUUUUCAUAGUAGAAACUCAUCUUCUACAAUGCAGUUAUUAUAAUUGAAAUGUUACCCUAAAAUUGGAUGAUUUACAAAAACCAGUAAGAUGGAUUUUACCUAUCAACUGUUUUUAAAAAAUAGGAGCAUAUUCUGUAAUAUUUGCUGGUAGCAAUUGCUGUAAAACAAGUGAUGAGUUGUUUUAUUGAAAAGAUUGAGUCUCGGAACAGGCUACUUCUACUGUUUAUGUCAGAGAGAAAAAGGUGUGUGUGGUUCUCUUUCAGAUAAUUCAGUUCUUAAAAUUCUUAAAAUCAUCAUAAGAAUUUAUUUGAAGAGAUUGCUUUUAAAAAGUUCAAAAUUUUAUGUAGAGGUAGCUCUUGUUUUACCCCGUUGAUAGAUAGUGCCUUCUUAGCUAUAACAAAAGCCCAAUGAGGCCAGACAAUCCCAAGUAAAGAAUACAUCUUUUAGAGUCUGAUAUUCCCUUCCUAGUACUAUUGGAGAUGAUGUUGCUUUGAUUUAUUCAUAGAGUAUUUUAAUUGUAGGGACUCUUGAAGAAAAUGGUUGGUUUCUCCUUAACCUGGUUGGUUAAAGUUGCAUUUUAUUAAAAUUGGGUAAAAUUAUAAUCAUGAAAACUGGGUAUUUGUAUGUAACUGCCCAUGUUCUUGUAAAAAGCUAUGUCAUAUGCAGAUGAUAAAGACCAAACCAAUGGCUGCACUGUAGGUCCGCUUCUUACUUAUACUUGUUCUGCUUCUGUUUAUGUUGUAGACAAUGAAAUUCUAGCAACAUGCUUCAAUUCUGUUAUCUUUUUGAUACUUAUGAAAAUGUAUUAGGUUUUACUAUAUUGUGCUUUUCAAAGCAUAACUCUUAAGAACUUUGUUUUUGCAUAUCGUUUGCUAAUACUUUAUUUUAAUAAAUCUCAAAAUCUGCUUAAUGUUUGUUUUUUGUUUGUUUUGGGGGGUAUUUUCUGUUGUCUUAACAUGUUUCAUUGAGUACAGUUAUAAAAAGGAUGAGAUUAUCAGUUGCUGUGUGACCAGCUGUGUUAUCUGUGUUUGUGCACUAGUGAUAGAAAAUGAAUAUUCCAUGCCUUUCCAAUCAGCAUGAGGUUUGCUCAGAAUGAUCAGCUUUUUUCUUUUCUGUUUUUAAGACAGUUGAUGUGUUUUUCUUUGUUAAUUUAGUUGUGUUUUGAAAAGGUAUUUGAAUCUAGAGUGUGUAGGCUUUUUAGUUGAACCAUUCAUUUCCCUUCUCUAGAGCACUCUGAAAUUAGAGGUCUUGACCAGAUGGUUGAGAGAGAGGAGAGCUCUUAGCAGAGCUGGCUUGGAAUCUGCCUGCCUGCAUUUGAGUGCUGGGCCUCAUCGCUUCCGUCACUCUCUGCAUUUAGGCAGGUUGCUUAACCAUCUGUGCCUCAGUUUCCUGAUCUGUAAGUAAAAGACUACCUUCUAGGAUUUAGGGGAAGAUGAAGUAAAGUAAUACAAAUAAAGUACUUAGAACAGUGCUAGCCCAUAAGGACUCUUGUUAUUAUCUCUUACCUUCCUGUACUUCUUUGAACUGGAAGAGAGAGAUUAUUUCUGAUGCUGCUUAAUUAACUUGGUAGAUUAACCCUUGAUUACCCACUUUGCAAAUUAGCCUUGCUUUUCUUAAUUUUAUCCUUUAAAAAAAAA